AUGGAUGACACAAAUUCUGGCAAAAGUAAAGGGAAUGCAGAAAAGAGUUUGCGAAUUCUUGUUGAUAAGAUGAGGCGAUUUCCGGGUUUGGUUUGGGAGACAGUGUGGAAGGUGGGACGAGAGGACCCGAGAAGGGUGAUCCAUGCUUUGAAAGUUGGCUUGUCUUUGACACUGGUCUCCUUGUUAUACCUGAUACAGCCGCUGUUUGUUGGGAUUGGCCAGAAUGCCAUUUGGGCUGUCAUGACUGUGGUUGUUGUGCUAGAGUUCACUGCAGGGGCAACUUUAUGCAAAGGACUCAACAGAGGAUUGGGAACACUGAUAGCUGGAUCAUUGGCAUUUUUCAUUGAGUAUGUUGCAACUAAAUCUGGUCGGACUUCUCGAGCAGUUUUCAUCGGAGCUGCAGUUUUUCUGAUAGGAUCUGCAGCUACAUACAUGAGGUUCUUUCCUUAUAUUAGGAGGAACUAUGACUAUGGAAUUGUGAUAUUUCUCUUGACCUUCAACCUGAUAACCGUGUCAAGCUACCGCGUCGACAAUGUCCUGAAGAUUGCACAUGAGCGCUUCUACACCAUUGCCAUAGGUUGUGGUGUCUGCCUGUUAAUGAGUCUACUGGUAUUUCCAAAUUGGUCAGGAGAAGAGCUCCAUAAUUCUACAGUGUUCAAGCUUGAAGGCCUAGCUAGAGCUAUUGAAGCUUGUGUCAACGAAUACUUCAGCGAUGCAGAAAAAGAAGUAUCUGGAGACCAAUCGACGGAGGAUCCCAUAUAUGACGGUUAUAAGGCUGUUUUGGACUCAAAAUCUAUGGACGAAACAAUGGCGCUACAUGCAAGUUGGGAACCAAGGCACUCAAGACACUGCUACAGAUUUCCAUGGCAGCGCUACGUGAAGUUGGGAAACGUUCUUCGCCAUUUUGGCUACACAGUUGUUGCUCUACAUGGAUGUAUACAAACCGAAAUUCAGACACCAAGAUCUGUUAGAGGUCUAUUCAAGGACCCCUGCAUUCGACUUGCGGGAGAAGUAUCGAAAGGGCUAAGGGAACUUGCCAGCAGUAUAAGAAACCGUCGCCAUUGCUCCCCCGAGAUACUCUCCGAUCAUCUCCAUGAAGCUUUGCAAGACCUUAACACUGCCAUCAAAUCACAACCAAGACUGUUCCUAGGCGCCAACAGCAACCAGGCCACCAACAUGCUUGCUCUGGCAGCUGCUCACGCCACCCAAAAGCAAGGAGUCUCGCUAUCGAGUGUGAAAACCGACAGCUCAGCAUUGCUCGACUGGAAAAACAAGAGGACAACCGAGCAGUCAAAGGAGCCGGAGAGGAAAUUCUUGAGGCCCCAGCUGAGCAAAAUUGCCAUCACUGGCCUUGAGUUCUCAGAAGCACUUCCUUUUGCAGCUUUUGCUUCCUUGCUGGUGGAGACUGUGGCAAAGCUUGACAAUGUUAUUACUGAAGUUGAAGAACUGGGAAGGAUUGCAUGCUUCAAAGAGUAUCAACAUGGAGUUGAGGAUAUUGUUGUGACUUGUGAGAAGCCACCAGUGAAUCCUGCUCAAAAUCAACUGCCUUCUCAUGGGGCUGAUUGA